AUUUUACUGACUCUAAGUUACGUUUUGGUCGACCAAAUGAUAAAUCUACAAUUUAUAAUCGAUUUGUACAUCAAAAUUUCAUAAAUAUGUAAACUAAUUCCUCUGCACCGCUUAUAAUACAAGUUAUCCCUAACUCCCGAUGAAAUGUCUGAUGUGGAGCAAGAAGCCUCUGGAUACGUGGAUAAUGAGCAAAAUGAAGGACAAGAAGCCGCUGAAGAUCUUGAGGAAGAGGGCGAAGACGACGAACAGUACGUUGAAGAGGAGGACGAGUUCGAGGUGGAGGAGAAGGAUCCCUUUGAGCUCCUCAAUGAGAGCGAUGAGGACGAUGAAGAGCAACAGGCAAUGUACAAGGAGUAUCAGGCGGUGGUCAACGCUAUUGAUGCCCAGAACAGGAUUAUAAAAGAGCUCAAGGCAAAAUCCAAUCGACUGCUGUUCAAGAAGUGCAAGACUUAUAGAGACAAGCAGGAAUAUAAACAACUUAGGGUCUGCCAGGAGCAUGAGGAGAUCCACUUAAAGGUCCUCGUGAAUAGAGCCAUGCACCUCCAAAACUUCGGUUCACCUAGGCGCUACAGAGAUAUAGAAAUGGAAGUCACAGAAGACGAGCAUGGCUACUUCUAUACAGAACUACAAUCAACCUUCUCAGGAUUUUGUCCCACAAAUUCGGCUGACGAAUAUGAGUCGGAUUCUGAAUCGGAUAAUGGGCUAUGUUGUACCUAGUCCAAAGUUUUUCGGUUUUUCGGCAUAUUGACAGCGAAAAGUUAUGAAAAUAAUUAAAUAAUUGUGGCAUUUCCGCCACAUCACUCUGGGCACCACAUAUCUACGACACUGCACUGAAAAAGGGGAAAGGCUGGAGGGAAUUUCUUUUAGCUUGGUUUUAUAGUUGUGAGUCGAGCGGGGGAGUGUAGUGCAAUAGCAAUAAGCGCAAAAACAAGACGAUUGUGCCCCCAGACAGAAUGAGGGGAUCAAAGCAAAACAGCCAUAAACAAAUAACCAAAGAGGCACAGAAAGACGCCAGUAGAGCAGAAUGAAUCGAAACGAACUGAAUUGAACCAAAACUUCUCUCGAUGAUUUCUUCGUUCCUCCUUCUUUUAUUAUGCCUCAAUUCUCACUCUCCGCCAAGUGCCACGCCCAUUGUGGCGCUUAAUGGGGAACACGUGAUAGCUUGACGUUUUCUACACAACUGG